GAGUCUCUCACAUAAACUUCCGGUAAGGGUGGCUGCUCGAAGGGAAGUCUCUAUCAGGAAUUAAAGAGCUAAUAUAUAUAUAUUUGUCCCUGCUGUUUUUCCUAACGAAAGAAAAAAAAUGUCCAAGUCAUUGAAGAAGAUAGUGGAGGAGAGUCGAGACAAGAACAUCCCGGAGGUGGAGAUGUGCGACAGGGGCAUUUCGAACAUGCUGGACAUCCCGGGACUAUUCACUCUGUCCAACAUCACUCAGCUGGUCCUCAGCCACAACAAGCUCACAGCUGUACCUGCUAACGUUUCUGAGCUGAAGAACCUGGAGGUUCUGAACAUGUUCAACAACCAGAUUGAAGAGCUGCCCACUCAGAUCAGCAGUCUGCAGAAGCUGAAACACCUCAACCUUGGUAUGAACCGUCUGAGCGGCUUGCCCAGAGGAUUCGGUUCAUUGCCUGCUCUGGAGGUGCUGGACCUCACCUACAACAACCUGAACCAGAACUCCCUGCCUGGUAACUUCUUCUACCUCACCACCCUUCGCGCUCUCUAUCUGAGUGACAACGACUUCGAGGCCCUGCCUGCCGACAUCGGGAAGCUGACCAAGCUUCAGAUAUUGAGUCUGAGGGAUAAUGAUCUCAUCUCGUUGCCUAAGGAGAUUGGGGAGUUGGCUCAACUCAAAGAGCUUCACAUCCAGGGUAACCGACUGACUGUCCUCCCCCCUGAACUAGGUAAUCUGGAUCUGACUGGUCCUAAACAGGUGUUUAAAGCAGAGAAUAAUCCCUGGGUCACUCCCAUUGCAGACCAGUUCCAGCUGGGCGUCUCCCAUGUUUUCGAAUAUGUUCGCUCGGAGACCUAUAAGUAUCUCUAUGGCAGACACAUGCAGGCCAACCCAGAACCACCGAAGAAGAGCAACGAUAAGAGUAAGAAGAUCAGCCGCAAACCGCUGGCUGCCAAGAACAAAUGAAGAGAAGACAGAGGAUGGAGAUGAAUGUUCACUUAGCUCGUAUAACAAUCACUGCAUGUGCCUUUUUUUUUCUCUCUGUCUUUUUUUAUAAAGAUGAACAUUUUGUAUUACAGUGAAAUGUAUUAAUAAUGUUCUAUAUAUGUAGUUUUAAAUAUAGUUUGGACUUACAGAUGGAUGUUUUUAUAUUUUUAUUUUCAACAUAUUUUUGGGUGCUACUUACUUACAGUGCUUGGACAUAGAUGUAACUAUUGGAAACACUUAUUUCAUAGCAAAGUUAGUUAAGAAUGUAUUAUAAUGUCAUCCUUAGUAGGUUUAUUUACAUGUGGCCCCAGAUGCCAAUCAUCAGGACAUCUGUAUCAAGAGGUCCUGCAAAGUGACACUGUUAAACUGCUACGAUACCAAAAGCAAAUGUAUGAGUCCAGUUGUCUCUGGAAAGAACUCCAACUCACAGAGGGAUGGGACACAACUUAAAAAAUCUUUGGGCAGCGUCUCACUGCUCUGUUGCUAUUUAAUGAUAAUCCAGCAUCUGGAAGUAUUUAACCCUAUAAUGACUAACCCCUGAUGUCCACUUGAUGCAGCUGUGUCACAUUCGGGUUGCGCCUCAGCCCUGACACAUCUUCAUCUCUGUUCCAAUGCAUCACCAGGAAUCACAUUUUUUUUUUGCAGAUUCAGCAGCAUUCACACAAUCAGUGCACUUCAUUUUUCUUCUUCAGAACCCUUUUUGGUCAACUAAUACUUCUGCAUACGUUCAGCUAUACAAACCAUUCAAAUAUCAAUAUGCUCACCUCUGUAAGGACUUGAAUUGCUGUAUUCAACUUUUUUUACACUAUGUUUUUUUUUUUUAAAUAUUAAGCUUUUUGAGAACCACUUCACUUUGAAGUUAUACUACUUCAGCAAACUUUCAGAUCCAGAUUUCAUUUCAAUUUUAAAAGUGGUCACAAGACUUUGAACUAUUAAACUUGUAUUCAUUUUUUGAAUGUUCCUAUUAGUUUUUCCUGAAUAUAAUGUGUUUGUAAAGAUAGCACAGCUGAAAAAAAUAGCUGCAUGUGGACAUCACAAGCAGCUAGUAAGACCGCAUAUUGUCUCUAACAGGAGCUGGUAAAAGUAAUUUGAACAACUAUACCAAAUGAUUACUAUUAGCUGUAAGAGGGAGGAAGCAGGCUCAGUUACACCUGUAAUUAAUUGUGUUCAUUACAAUGAUCUCCGAGAACAGUCAAGGCUCACUGUACCUUUCAUUCCACAUUUUCUUUGUGAAGUUAUUUUUUAAAGCAUUUUAAAGGGUCCAUCACAUCUCAGCCUGUUGCAAAGCUGAUAGAUAUAAUCAAUUUUUUAACAUUUUAAAAUUCAUUAGGCUUCACAGGCCAACAUUUACUGAAAGUAUCGUCAUGCUCGCUGUCAAGAACACUUUAAUAAAACAAUCCCAA